GCGAAUCGAGAAUAACAGUUUCGGCUCGAUCUCUCUGCAAAAAGCUCUAUAAGGAUACAACACAGAGACCCAGACUUGAAGAAUUUUGGGAAACUCCUUUCAGCAGGGUUUCUAGGACUUCACCAUGAGGCUGCUUCAGGUUGCUCUUCUUUACUGUUGCUUCGUCUGCUCUACCUUCGUCAACGUGGACGCCAAACUGGACGCAGCAUCAGAAUUUAAGAAGAGGUUGAACGCGUGGACUUUAAGCCGAGCGAAAAGGGACUUGAAAAAUUACAAGCUGAAGACUCAGGGGGUGCCAGCGAGUAGCCAACAGUUUGUGAGGACAGAAGACGUGAAAGAAAGCAGCUCAGAUGUGCAUAUUCGGAUGAAGCGCAACCGACACGCAUUGCCACUUUUUUCACAGUUCCAGCUGAACCGGCCCAGCUGCCAACUCGGGACAUGCCAGGUCCAGCAACUAAGCCACCGCUUAAAUCAACUCCUCAACAACCCAGAGAAGGACAGCAUGGCUCGGUGGAGCACGUGGAGUCCCAACGGCUACGGCAGGAAACGGCGGUCCGUGCGAUCCAAAAUUGCGCUAACUCUGCCUCGACAGCGGGACUCACUGGCAAGGACGUAAUGGGUUGUCCUCUGACGGGCGCACACAAACAUGCAGGACUUACAACUGCAGAACUACUGCCAUCAGCUACAAUAAAUGUUGGACGUAGUUGGACAUAGGACGUCCGAUCGUAAAUUCCUCCUUGCCUUCAUAACUCUUAUAAGCUGCCAAAUUUACCAGAUUUCUGUUUGGCGAAGUUUCAGAGUGAACUGAAUGGAAGAAAAGGGCGCCACCUCGGAGCAUACGCCUGGGAGUUAAGGGUUCAUACCUUCAUAGCGCCAAAUUCCAGCCCAUAAUCUGAAGUCUGCAUUUGAACCGUUCUUUUCUUUUCUGUUUGGAUUACAGGGAGUCUAAAAUCCUGCUAGUAGAAAAAAGAUUGCAUCAUACUUGAAAGCAACUUCUAAUAUAGAAAGUGCAAUUGAUGUUUAAUGUAUGAACUGCAUUGUAUAUAAAAUGGUUUAAACUAUUUAAAUGUAACUUUUUAUUUCCUGUACUUGUACAUCUGGAAAUAGAAUUAUUUUUAUACGUGAUAAAAUGUAUAAGGGCAUUGUAGUAUCAACAAUCUUUGAAUCGUCUGUCCAUAUCUUGGAGAUUAAAAUGUUCUCUAGUUACCCGACUUCUCUUGUACGUUUCAGACUUACAAUGAUUGUAUAUGUAGUACAAUUUAUUUUUUAUCAUAAUUAUUGAAAACAAUAAAUACCUGUUUUAAUGAA